AUGAGGGACAUGAAGCUCUGGCUGGUGCUUUUACUCGGCACCUGCACCUUCGCUCAACAAGAUGCUGGAGACGCUGAGGAAAAUCCCACAUGCUACUUGGCCAGAAGAUACAAGAACUUCAGAAGAUAUGUGUAUCAGUAUGAAGCAGAGACCCAAAACAGUGUGAAUACACCAUCGUCCCUCAGGAGUGGCCCUAGAAUCACCUGUAAGGUUGAGAUUGAUGUGCCUCGAGCAUGUAGUUUUGUGCUGAGCGUGAGUGAGUGCUCCUUGAGUGAAGUGGUGGACAUAGACACUGAAGGCUUCCCUGUUUAUGGCCCGGCGGCUGAGACCCAGGCUUUUCAGGCUGCCAUGGAGAAAAACACUCUUAAAGUCAUGGUUGAGGGUGAGAAUGGCGUAAAACUAUUUCCCGAGGAAGACGAGACCAUUAACAUCUUAAACAUCAAGAGAGGCAUCGUCUCUGCUUUAUUGGUGCCUGGCAUGGAGAUGGAGAAGAACAAAAACAUGGCUACUGUCCACGGCACUUGUGUUACUGACUUCCGGGUUAACAAUAGAGAGGACAUUGCCACUGAUGUCACUAUUACCAGGGAUUUGUCAGGCUGUGAUGGCUUCAGUUCCCAGAGGGAUUAUGGCAGCCCCGUAGCUCUGAUCUCUGGCAUGCACUAUCCUCUGUCCAAACUGAUUAGCAGCACCCAGAUCUGCAACUAUCAGUUUGACAAUCAGAAAAAGCAUAUGACCCUCGCGACCUGCACUGAGAAGCAUGUCUACCUGCCCUUUUCUCACCGGAACGAGAAUGGAAUCUCCUCUAUUGUCAAGCAGGUCCUCACUCUGCACGGGACCAACAAGAUCAACGACAGAGUGUUUCACUACAACGAAGCCAACCUGAAGAACCUCCCUAUGGAAGCCACAGAGGAAAAGGCCCCUGUCCAAAGUACCGAUGCUGUGCUCGCUGUUUUCAAGGAACUACAAGCCAUGCAUCAAAAUCAGCAGGGCCACCAGAGGGCUAGCACCUUCUACAAAUUGGUCAGUGAACUCCGCAGCUUGGAGUCUGAUGUCCUCAAACAAGCCGUCACUCAGAUGGUGGAGGAGGACCAGUUCCUGACCUGGCAGGGCCUGAUCCAGUGUGGUACUCCGGAGUGCAGCAGCGCCAUGCUCCAGAUCCUCAGGGGCUUUUCCUCCGAAACCAUUGAGAUAGAUGCCGCCAUCUAUGCUCUGGCAAUGGUCCACAGGCCCUCUGACCUCCUUGUGAGGGACAUUCUUGAGAUGGCCAGGAACAAGCAGAGUAAGCCCAUCAUGUUUGCUCUGAGCAAUGUGGUUAGAAAGCACUUCCAGCAGACAAACAGCAAAGUCACCCCUGCGAUUACAGCGGUGUAUAAUUAUACAUCUUCUAUCCUGGGCCCUGACUGUGCUGGAGACAAGGAACUGACCUACUUGACCCUGAGGGUUGUUGGAAACAUGGGAAAAGCCAUGGAAGCUGCAAACCCAAACAUUAAGAGCAUCCUGCUGAAGUGCAUGAGACAGCCUGCCACCACUCUGUCUGUUCAAAUAGCUGCCAUUCAAGCUUUAAGAUACAUGUCUGUCACUGAUGAGGUCCGUCUCAACAUCCAAAGGGUUGCACAGUACAGUAAGGGUGCUGUGCAAAAGAGACUCGCUGCUUACCUCCUCCUGAUGAGAAACCCUGAGGUUAGCGAUCUUGAGCUUGUUAAGAAGAUCUUGAAGCAAGAACAGAACAUGCAAGUCAGAUCCUUUGUUUCAUCUCACAUCUACAACAUUGUUCAGUCCAAGGAUCAGGAGAUCCAAAAGUUGGCUGAGAAAAUUAUCAAAGUAAUGCAGGGCAAUGAGGUGAUUCUUCCCUCAGGCUACACUAAACUUUCCCGUAAUUACAAGGUGGAGGCUUACAUGCCAAAACUUACAGGAAUGGGCACCAACAUGCAAGGAAACAUCAUUUUUGAUCCCAGCAGUCAGCUGCCCAAAGAGGUUAUGCUUGAGACAACUUUGAAAGUUUUUGGAUACAGCUUUGACGUUUGGGAGUUUGGUAUGGAAGGCAAAGGAUUCGAUCCAUCCAUCGAGGCUAUCUUUGGAAAGAAUGGCUUUUUCCCUGAUACCAUCUCCAAAGCAAUGUACUGGGUUGGGGACAAGAUGCCAAACCAGCUGAAUGAAGUUCUGCAGCAGUGGAUGGAGCCCCUGAGAACAAAUAAAACCAAGAGCCAGGUUUCUGAGGACAUCUUAAAAGAAAUUGUGCACAAUUUUAACAAGCUUGUCAAGAACCUGAGAGAUCAGGAAUCCCCAGAAGCAAUGGCCUAUCUCAGGAUCAUGGGAACUGAGCUUGGGUAUAUAAAGGGCAAUGGUGAUCUGUCUGCUUUUGCCAACAGGAUGGUCACAUACUAUAAUAGCAUCAAGCUCGCACCCUCCAAGAUUAUGAUGGCGCUGAUGUCUGGCAAACAAAACAUAUUUGCCCACUACAUUUUCAUGGACAACCAGUUCCACCUGCCCACUGCUUCUGGCCUCCCUCUCAGGUUCACACUGUCUGGAACUUUUACGCCUGGUCUUAAGGGAGGCUUGCAUAUGGAACAAAACAUGCGGGAGCUGACCUUCUCACCCUCCAUGGGGGUUGAGUUUGUGACUCGUAUGGGUGUCUAUGUACCCAAAUUUGUUGCCUCUGCUGUGGAGAUGCACACCGACUUCUACCACGAGAGCUCCCUCAAUGCUAAAAUCUCUAUGGCUCAUGGCCACAUCAAGCUGACCAUACCUGCACCUAAAGGUACCACUCAGCUUCUCAGAGCAAGUAACCGGCUGCUAGUGCUGAGCUCCCAGAAGAGCACUCUGCUGCCCGCCGUAGGAAAUAAGACAGAUGCAGUGAAGUGCAGCCCUCUUUUCACUGGUGUCAAAUACUGCACAACUGUCCGCUACACCACUGCACAUUCAAAUGAAGCUGCUCCCUACUUCCCUCUGAAUGGAGAGACUAAGUUCGCAGUCGACAUCCGUCCCACCGAUGAAGUUACUGAGUAUACGGCUACUUUCAGCUAUGAGCUCUUAAAUGAGGGAAAAGAUGGCCGCCAGAAGUCUGAUUCUCUCAAAAUGAUCCUGAAAAGUGACGGUCCUAACCCUGUUGAGGCCACAGCUACUAUUAAAUACAACAGGAAUAAAAAUGUCCUCACCACAAGCGUCGACAUCCCUAAUUACGAUGUAGAGGCUGGGAUAAGAGUUGGAAUCACCGAUAGCAGUGCUAAAGGAAAGAAACUCACAAUUGACAUCUCCAACAAGAACAUUCCUCAGGUGUCUCUGGUAGGACGUGCUAGGCUUGAGGAAAUGAAGAACGGCCUACUGCAGGCCCAGGUGAUUGUUCCUUCACUGAAGACUGAGGCAGCUCUCACUGCCACCAUGAGGCGCGCUGAGGAUCUCACCUUGGAGCUCAAGAGUAACAUCACAGUCCUAGAAACCAGCUCUAUCCAGAACAUAAUCUUCAAAUAUGCUGAUGAUGAGAUGGAGGUCCAGCUGAAGUCUGACAUGGACUCAAAAAUCCAGAACCUCAUGCCGAACACACAGCAUCUCCAGAGCACACUGCAGUGGCAUUUUCAGGAAAUUAUGCAUCAGAGAAUUGCCCAGACUGAUAUGAAUCUACAUCACAUUUACUCAAAAGCUAUUGAGGCUAGUCGGAUUUGGAUGGACAAGAUGUCUGCUGAUGUUCCCUUCAUUCAGACAGUAAAGAACAACAUGCCAGAGCUGGUUAUGCCUGCUCUGCCUGAAAAACUGUACCUGAACGCAGAGAGCACACUCAAAUACCAGUUCAACAAGGACCAUAUCACUACCACGAUUUCCUUGCCUCUGAGUGGAACGACAUCUGAAGACCUGAGAAUCCCUCAUGCAAUGGCCACCCCAGGCCUGUCCAUGCCACAGAUUGGUCUGACAGUACCCUCCAAACAGUUCAGGCUGCCUAGGUUCUCCAUUCCUUCCAGUUAUGACUUUACAUUGCCACUUCUUGGAAUGGCACAUGUGUCUGCCAAGAUCAGUACCAACUUCUACAACUUUGAGGCCAUGAUCUCUGGUGGUAACAACACUGCUGAGGGACCAAGUUACAUUGCCAACUACAAGUUCAUUGCUAACAGUCCCAUGGAAAUAUUGUCCUAUCGAGUUGAAGGAACUGCCCAUAUCGCUGACGUCCCUGAGGAUGCCUUAAAGAUCACUAUUAAUUCUUCCUUAAGCCACAAGCUCAUUGAUGCACAUUUUAGCUUGAUAGACUCAGUCACUGUUAUGAGAGAUGCAGUAAAGGGUAUUGGCAAUUACAAAAUGCAAGUCUUCAGCCCUCUUGGUAUGGACUUGUCGAUGGUGUAUACUUCACAGAUUACUCUAUCUUCUGACAUCACUGGAGAAGGCAAUGUGGAAGGAUAUCUGACAGUAGGCCCAGUGUCUGCUAGCACCAGCCUCACACAGUCCUUUGUCCUGCAGCCCAGCAUCAGAGUAGCAAGGGCAGAGUCUUUAUUUAGAGUAGGUUCGUCUAUUGUUCAAAUCCGCAAUAAGAUAAAGGCUGCAGUUACCAAUGAAGAGCUGUCAUUUGAAUCCAACACCAACAUCAACAAUGAUCCACUCAAGCAUACAACAAAGUUUAACAUUGAUUUCAAGAAGGCCCAUUUUACCUUCAAGUCAGAUUCUGUAACCAAAGCAGACAAACGCAUGGUUCGCAACCAAGUAGACUUUUCUGCCACCAUGGAGGAAGCAAGCAUCAGGAUCGAAUCGCAGGUUGAUCACAGUACAAAUCAUGCCUAUUCUCUGAUUGCUGGAACACUGAACACCAGGCAACUGGAACUCAAUGCAGAUGUUACCAUCAACUUUAAUACCAUGCAUGGCUCCCACAAAGGCACUCUGUCCCUUACCAAGGAUGGUCUCACCACAAGCUGUACCACAAUUGCACAAGUCAGCCCAGUUACUCUUGAGAAUGUUUUUCAUGGUGACAUUGGUACAUCUGGUGCAUCACUGUCUCUAACCACACAGGCCACAAUGCAGGAACACAAUGCUGAGCUCAAGGUUGAAGGCAGAUUGACAGGCUAUGAGCUAUACCUGAACAGCAUGUACAUAGGUGAUGUCUUCAAUUCCAGUGUAAAGAAUACAGUAACUUUCAUGUUGACCGACGAAGACCUGAACUUCUCUAAUAAUUUGAUUGCAUCUCUUCAGGACAUCAAGUUAGAAAAUGCCCACUCUCUGACUCUUUCUGCCAGCGCUCUGGCUAUUCACUCUGAAGCUGAUAACUUCUUGAAUAAUAACAAUUUCUACAAACACAAGAUUGCAGUUGAUGUUUCCAGCUUUACUGCAUCUAUGCAAGUUAACAGUGACUUGAAAAUUCUUGGAGCGAACCUUAUCAAUGAUGCACAGGUCAAGGCAGAGCCUCACAAAAUCGAUUUAACUGGAACUCUGAAGGGAGCCUUUGCUGAAGAGGAACUGAGACACAUUUAUGAGAUCAGCUAUGCUGACCUAGCAGUCACAACAAAAUGCAGCACCACCGGAAAACUUCUGGGCACUCAUAUGUCUCAAACCUUUGAGGCUGAGAUUGUAGGAUUGUCCUUGAAGCUUAACAAUGAAUUUGAUUUAAAAUCCCCUUCACUCUAUCCUGUAAGCAACAUCUUGGCUGUGGCUGAGCCUUUCCUUUUCUCUGACGGGGAUCUGGAUCUGUACAGAAAGCACAGUGGACAGAUGAAAGGAAAGCUUCUUGUGAGUGUACAGCCUCUGUCUUUCUCUCUUGAGCAUGAAUGUAAGGCCUCAACCUUUCACCAACUUGGCAAUGGCAACUCUAUUGAAAACAACUUCCAGAAUGAGAUUACUGGGGCUGUGGCUCUUGAGAGACAAAGUUUUAAUGUCAAGAUGCGAUCCAAGCUCGAUGAACAUGCCUUUGACCAAGUCCUGGAAUUCUACAACACACCUGAGAAUCUUGGGUUUGAAUUAAGAGGCACAGUGCUCACUAACCUUUUGAAUAAAGUUAAUAAAGACCCAGAAGAAUUUUCCAUUUCUGGGGCUUUACAAUAUGAGAAGAACAGUGAGAGCCAUUUCAUUUCAUUGCCCUUCACUGAGAACUUGCCUAAACUCAGAGAGCAAAUCAAAACUUCAUUGUAUUCUCUGAAGGACCAGUGCAUCAAACUGCUUCAGGACAGUGAUGGUAAAUAUAACAUUGGAGCUAAUAUUAGAUCUGGAGCAAGUGAGCUUAAACAGAUAUUUGAAAGCUUUGAUGUAAAUGUGUUUUUUGAGGAUGUAGAGAAUUCCAUACAUUCCAUUGAAGUGGAAAAGUAUGUAAAAAAGCUCUCUACUGUCAUCUACUCUCAAGAAAUCACAAAACGUUUUAUAUUCAUUAGAGAAAUGAUUGUAACCAUGGCCAAGAAGAAUUACAUCAGCAGUAGGAUUAACGAAAUCUACGCUAAAGUUGAAGAAAUUGUGGCAGAGUAUGAAAUCGAACCCUUGGUGGAGACAAGUGUGGAUAAUGCUGUGGAGCUUAUGAAAAAAUAUAACUUAAAAGAAACAAUGCAGCUGCCUAUUAGCCAUCUGAAAUCAGUUAACAUCAAACCUCUGUUUGACCAGUGUUUCAGGCAUGUGAACGAAGUCACCCAACAACUUGACUCACUGGACUUCAGACAUAUGACUGAUAAACUGAGUGACUAUGUAGACAGAGUCCUUCAGAAAGUUAAAUCUUUUGACACCUUUGCUGAUGAAGCAAGAGAGAAAGUCCUUGAAAUGACCAGGGUUCCCUGCUUUGGAAAGCUCUAUAGUGAAUUUGAGAUCAACUCACCAAACCACAAAAUGAAGACCACUGCUCGUCUGGAGAACUCUACGAACUCUGAGACAUCACAGUUCAUAGCCAUUCUGAACUCUCAGUUUCACACUCCCAUCGGCCCUUUGGCUUACUCUUUUAAUUCAGCUGCUCAGUUAGUUGUGCCUAAAAUUAGACAUAUUUCUCUCCUUGCAACAGUGAGUGUCCAUCACAUGGCUUUCUCCCUUGACCAUCAGGGAUCACUGGCCAUCCAUGACACAUCAUCUCAGGCUUCCUCUAAGACCACAGUCAAGGCAACCACUGAGCUGUAUACUGCUGAGCUUGUGAACAGUGUAUCGUUUGCUCUAAAGAGUGGAUUUUCUGGAACUAUGGACACGUCCUACGAGCAUAACCUAACUAUGCCACUGGCUAACAUCUUCAGUGAGGCUGCUGUGACUCAGAAAUCUACUGUCCAGAUGACAGCUGACAUUAUCACUCUGGCCCUUGCAAAUGAAGGAAGAGGAAAAUGCUCUCUCUUUGACUAUUUACAUGAAGGAACUCACAAGAGUGACAUGGAGUUUGUGAUGGACAUACAGUCAACCAAACUCAUGUUCAGUGGUGAUACUGAUAGCAAUCUUUUAAAGAUGAAGCAGAAUGUAAAUAUUGAGUCUGGUUAUUAUAGAUACUUAACCAUUACUGCCCAUAUUCAGACAGACACUCCCUUCCUAAAGAGAAGUGUGGCUGUUAUGAAAGGGCAGAUUCAAAUACAGGAUCCUAAAAUUGAACUGAUUGUCUCACACAAUGCUGAAUUGUUUGGUAAACUCGAUGGUAUUAUGUCCAACUCACUUAGCUUCAAGGCUAUGCCUUUUGAGAUUGCUUUUGACACCAAGAACAAGAACAACAUAAAGCUGGUUCUUCCUUUGAAGUUGUAUGGAAUAGCUGAUCUUCAGAAUGACUUGACAUUUACCCUAAACCCUACAGUUCAGCAGGCUAGCUGGACAGGUCUUGCAAGGUUCAAUCAAUACAAGUACUCCCAUUACAUCAACAUGGCUAAUGUUGAGAAAGAAAUUCAAGUCACUGCCUCAGUAAAUGGUGAGGCCAAUCUUGACAUGUUAACAAUGCCCAUUGAAAUCCCUGAAUUGACUGUGCCCUUCAUCAGUUUAAAGACACCACCCAUACAUGGCAUUUCACUGUGGGAAGACACAGGUCUGAGGAAAAUAUUGAUCUCACCUCAUCAGCUCUUUGAUAUGGAUAUAAAAUGGAAGUAUGUAAAGAGCCCUAAAGUGGUUGCUCUUGAUAUAAACAUGGAGCAGUUGUUUAAUGCUGUCAAUAGGAACGCCAGAGUGCUUCGCAAAAAUCUGCUGAUAGCAGCUGAAACCCUUUCCACCACCUUUAAUCAUUCCAGGGCUUUGAGUCAGUUGACCCUGCCAAAGAUCACUCUUCCUAAGAUACCGAAGACCAUCAGGAUUCCUGCCAUGGGUGACCUGAUCUAUGAGUUUUCUGUAAAAACCACUAUAAUAACCCUGAAUACCAAAGUUUCCAUCUUGAAUCAAGAUGAUAUUGUGACACAGUUUGAAGCUCAAUCUACCUCAGAGUUUGAUGUUUUCAGUGCCAAACUCACUGGCGCCUCCAUGUUCAACAGGGAUCGAAUGAAACUGACCACAACGAUGUCUCUGGUACAUAUGCAUGUUGAGUGCAUUCACAAUGGUCUUCUUGUCCUGAGCACAGAUGCCUUUGAAGCAUCUAUUGGAAAUGUUGCUAAAGUUAAAUUGCCAAAUGUGAAUGUAGACCUUUACCAGGAAAUAACUGGAACCGUUGAGGAGGGCAUUUCCAUUUCUGCUUCCACGUCAUCAGCUGGACUAAUUGGUCUACAGCUGAAAAGUAAAAGCCCCUCAUAUAUUGUUGGAAGAGUCUACAGUAGAUAUCCGUCUGAUUUCCAGAAUGAUGUGGACGUCCUGAAAGUUACAAUAACGCUUGUGGAUACAGAGAAACUGAACUUUCAGACUCAGUGGAAUAUGGAGGUUCCCAGCGAGAUGCUUCAUGAGCUUAAGGAGCGAAUGCCUGCUGUUAUAUAUUCACUUGAUCCAACAAACCACAUCGAUGCGAUUUCCACUGAACUUGAUAAAGUGUACAGCAGAGUUGAGAGUACGAUUGCCCACAUUAAGGAUGAAGGCAAGAUUAUGUACAGGAGAGCAGCUGAAAACAUUGUCUCCUCUGACCUGAUUCACAGCAGCAACAAAUUAUCUGACAAAAUCUUAAGUAUCCUCAGAGCACAUCAAAGAAACAUUCAGGUAUGGUUGGAUGCAGCCAUCUCUUUUUUGAGAGAUACACAAUUCCAGCUCCCUGGUUACUCAGAAAAGCUUUCUGGACUCGAGUUAUGCAAUAAAAUAACUGUUUUCAUUGCUAAUGUAAUUGAGGUUGCUAUAACAAGGGUUCCAGAGGCCCUGGCCACCUAUACAGAGUCUGUCACAGACAAUUUCAGAACUAUGGAGUUCACAGUUCCAGGAACAAACCAUUUGAUCAGUGGCAGAAAUAUCUUAGAUGACUUACAUUCUGCCCUCCAGAAGGCUCAGUACCAAUUGAUCAGCACUGUGAAGAGUUUGGGAAAUAUCCAUCCGGACAUAUAUGUUCAGAAGCUGUCUGGCAUUUUGAACUUAAGUGUUGAUAAGGUAGAAGAGCUGUUUACUAUUCUGAAAUCUCAAGAAAAGAUGGACAAGCUAUCCACAUGGGUCAGUGAUGUCUACACUGACGCCUUCAACAUUUUGUAUCAGAUCCUCAUGCAAAUUAAGGAUUUUAAGAUUAUUAUUGAGGAAUAUUACAUCUUUGUCAAAGCUAAAGUCCAGGAAAUCCUUACUGAUAUGUUAAAAAAACUGAAUGCUGACACAAAGCACUGGACUGACACUAUUGUGAGGUGCUUUGAUGACCUCCAGAACCAAGUCAGUGAAGCCUUUGAAAUUGUUACUAAGAAUGUUAAGUCUUAUGUGAAAGUAAAUGACAAGGAAAUAGACAUUUCCAUUCCUCUUCCAUUCACAUGGGAAGCCUUCAGUGGAGCCUUUGUCAACUAA